AGUUGAUACAAAGUAUAAUCUUGCAACACACGGAUGUCUAAUGUGGCUGGUUUAAUUGUUACCUAAGCCGGGUAAAGAAAAUUCAUUCAGUAUGUUAAGAAAACCUCAUAUAAAUUACAGUUUUUGUUGCAAGAAACCUCGUUAGUGUACAUUAGGCUGUAGUUGUACGCCAUCGUGGGUAAAGGAUUUACAGUACGCCGGAGCAUGUGCGUGUAUUUAAGAAAGAAUUUCAGAAAAAUAUAAACGGAAGCGCUGCAAGUGAAGUUCGCCAAAAAUGACAAAUACGCGAAGUGACGUUUAAAACGCCGCUGCUAUUGUUUACGCUGUGAGUGUGUUGUUUGCGGUGCGGUUAAAACCGCGAUCGUUCAUCGAUUCCAACAGCAGAAUGUAUCACCGUAAUUUGGCCCACUUGAAUCCGUACGAGCUGCACAAACAUCUCAUCAAUGAGUACAUGCUAACAAAGCCGGGUGCCACCAAACUGCUCCAGCGCGACACAUCCCGUGACAAAACGGACCACGAUGUGGUGCGCGAGAACCAUCGGUUCCUGUGGGAUGGCGAAACGGUGGACAGUUGGGAAAAGCAGCUGGCCAAAAAGUAUUACGACAAGCUGUUCAAAGAGUAUUGCAUUUCGGACCUGAGCCGGUACAAAGAGAACAAGGUGGCCAUGCGAUGGAGAAUCGAAAAGGAAGUGGUCGUUGGCAAAGGUCAAUUCGUGUGCGGCGAUCGACACUGUGAAGUGCGGUGCGAGUUGCGUAGCUGGGAGGUCAACUUUGGAUAUCUGGAACAGGGACAGAAAAAGAAUGCUCUGGUAAAAUUGCGAUUGUGCCCUAAAUGUUCGGACAAGUUAAAUUAUCACUCUAAAAAGAGGGAAAUCAAACGAUUGAAGAAGCGCGAUCGGAAAACGAAAACUUCUACCAGUAAGGGGGUUUCCGGUGAAGCUUCUACUAGUUCCGCCGCUAAACCAAUUUCGGAAGGUAAUACAAUCGUUACGAUUACCGAAGGGACGGAACCGGAAGAUAUAACGGAACGGGCGGGAGAUAAUGAAGAUAGUUCCACCGUACCUGAUGUUACCGAAGGAAGCUGGAGUAAAGGAAACGAUACGGAAGAAAAAACGCGCGAAGACGAGUUUGAUGAGUUUUUGGAGGAUCUCUUGCUGUGAGAAGGUGGUUUUUAAUAUGUAACCUGCAAAUUUUUCCUAUCUCCAAGAUUGCCAAACAAUUACAAUGGGCAAAAACGGUAGAUUUAUCUUUUUCAGCAAUUAUGUUUGAUAUUGAAGCCAAUUUAAUGUACACCUAGCUUAAGUAUGUCUCGUAACAGUGAGUUUAUGUUCAUGUUCAAACUGGGGUCGUUUUUGAUUUUUUUGGAUUUCUUUUCGCUCAAAAAUUAUAGCACCAUUUUAUCUUAAUCCUUCUGUAAAAAAAGCACAAUAAUAUUAUUACAUUAAUAAACAGACGCGUAAGUUUUUUUUAAACAA